UCUCAUUUUCGCUGCCCAUCACAACAGACUCGAGCCAAGCAGAGGGACCAAAAAAGCACAAAAUCUGCUAGUAGGUUUUGAGAUUUCUCCCAUGGAGUCCUUGCCCAUCCAUCCUCAUUUUAUAGUUACGAGUCAUAGGCCCUCAUUAAGCGAAACAACUAGAACGCACCUAUCCUGGAGACCACCCAAGUUCCUAGAAUAUACAAGGGGCCCCGCGAAAAUCAAAUACUUGUCGAGAAGGAUGUGUUUGAGCAAUACAAAUGGUGGGAUUAAACGAAAGCCACACGAGGUUGGUGAGAGAGACGGCGUGAUCAUUGUUGACCAUGGUUCACGGCGCCAGGAAUCGAAUCUCAUGCUAAAUGAGUUCGUGACCAUGUUCAGAGACAAAACUGGUUACCCAAUUGUAGAGCCAGCUCAUAUGGAGUUGGCAGAACCAUCUAUAAGGGAUGCCUUUGGUUCUUGUGUUCAACAAGGUGCAAAUCGAGUGAUUGUAAGCCCAUUUUUUCUCUUCCCUGGACGACAUUGGCACCAGGAUAUUCCUUCCUUGACUGCUGAAGCUGCCAAAGAACACCCCAGUGUGUCAUAUAUUAUAACUGCACCUCUUGGUCUUCAUGAUCUUCUUGUGGAUGUCGUGGAUGACAGGAUUCAACACUGUUUAAGCCAUGUAGCAGGAGAUGCAGACGAGUGUGCUGUUUGUGCUGGUACAAGCAAAUGCAGGCUCUAUUAAAUGUAUAAAUUACAAAACCGUAUUGUACGGGGCUCUCUUGGUGGGGGGCCAUUUCAGCAUGAAAUAUGAUAGAAGCAUCUGGUAAUUACAUACACGGAGGAGUCAAGCAAUUGUGUUGUGGCUGUGAUUAGGAGGUGUGCUAUUAUCUGGAGGAAAUCAGGUGAAAUGGAAGCUCUUGUCAAGCCUCAUAUGGAGGGAUGUUUCUGUUGAAUGUUGUUAAAGUGAGAGUUAGGAUGUUGCUACCAGUCUUUGCCGAUCUGAAGUUCUUCAAAAUAAAUGUCAUCUGAUUGCUUCGUAACACGAGUUUGCUAUGUUGCUGUGAGACUGACUGGAGAAAAAUGCUCUAAUGGAGUUGCAGCGACUGCGAAUUUCUUGAUGUGGUUGAUGCAAUAGUGAAAUAACAUUGAAUGCGUUUGAUUCGUUAUUGUACCUGAUACUUUCAUCAUGUUAUUAAGGCUUGGUCUUCUAGUCAUUAUUAAGUAGCAAUGGCACAGCCAUGGUACUUGUUAUUGAAGAUUUGUCAUUGGAAUAAAAUCAGAGUUCUAUUUUCACAUA